ACGCCACACUCAAAACAAAAUAGGCCUAGCGCUGCAGAGCCUCUGGGGGUCGCCUGCUACUGACACCUGAAGUAAACACAAACCUUUCUUGUUUUAAAAAAUUCUCGCCAAAAGGUGGAUGAAGACCGGUCUUAUUCCGACAGUAUGUCACAAAACAAUUCAACAGACGUAAAGCGCCCCAGCAAAAUAGUUCGAUACAAAGCACCAGAAGAUGCAACUCCUGAUGACCCUACAGCUGACUACAUGAACCUGCUUGGAAUGGUCUUCAGUAUGCUGGGACUUAUGAUGAAGAUGAAAUGGUGUGCAUGGAUUGCUGUUUUCUGUUCUUUCAUUAGUUUCUCUAACACAAGAUGCACAGAGGAUGGCAAGCAGAUGUUUAGUAGUUUUAUGUUGUCCAUUUCAGCUGUUGUGAUGUCAUACCUGCAGAAUCCUCAACCUAUGACGUUACCAUGGCAAUAAGUAGAUGCUUCAGUAGCUCCGCUUCAUUAGUUUACCAAAAAAGGCAUUUUACAGCAUUUGUAAUAUAGAAAUUCGCAGAUGAAAUAAAAAUAAGAGAAAUUGGGUUCUUGAUACGUACAAUCAUCUACAAAAUAUCCGUUAGAGUGUGGUGAAGGAACUUGCACUUUAAAAUCCUGGGCGGAUCCAUAACCAAAUUGUCACGAUUGUUGGGGGAAGGGGGGGGGGGGCUGGAGACUUGACCUCAUUUGAUGAUAGGGGGCGCUCUUUUGCCCCUUUUAAUUAUUACAGGGAAGGGGAUGAGAAGCAUCGAUUUGAAAAAACAGUCAUCUCCACUCCUCUUCUAGUUUAAUGACCCCCCCCCCCCAAAAAAAAACAAAAUUGACACUUCGGUUUUGUAAGGGGGGGGGGGGGCAUAUAUUGAACUUGUUGACCCUCCCCAUCUGCCUUUGUGUAAAAAACAAAUGUGUUGGAGGGGGGGGGGGGAGUCUCUCACAAGUGACAGCCGGGGCGUGCCCCCACCGCACCCCCUGGAUCUUCCACUGAGUAACAGUAACAGUAGUAGUACCAAGCCCCUUCAAAGUUUUCAGAUGCUUUUUACGCAUUCUGCUUGGCUAAAGUUUAACAUGAAAUAAAUAGUUUAAAAUCUUAAUAAAAAAAAAAUAAAAAUAAAUUGCAAGUACCCCCUCUCCCCCCAAAUAACUCCAAUUCUACUAAUCUGUGUUGCAAUCGAUCUGAGGAUUGUGAAUGCACUAAGUACUGCCGUUUCAGCAUCUAUAAGAUGAAUGGCAUUUUUGAAAAGUACAUUUACAGUUGCAUUGCAAUAACAAAAACAAAAUUUACAAACAAAAACACAUAAAUAAUAAAAAAGAUUGUUUAAUACCUGUUAACAUUUAAUUUGAAAUGAGAACCAUCAAAUGAUAUCCAAUUAUUGUUUUUACUAGUGUGGUAUUUGCAUCUUGCUUUCACAUCCUAGAAACGGUUAUUGAAUAAAAUGUCAUAAUUUAAUAUAAA